UAUUCUGUAUCGUUGUGAUUUGUGUGCCUUUCUGUAGGCGACUCUGGCAGGGUACACCGGUGGCGCUGCUGCUCCAGAAAAACACGACAUGGGAAAGGGCUACGAGCUCCUCUGAUGUUUGGAAUGUUGUCGUGCGUUCUGCGGCGCGACCGAGUAUUCGUCGGCCUAGAGGUGAUGUUCAAGAUGGCUGCGCGUAUCAUACGCCAGUGAGAGGGAGACUGAAGGAUUUUAAAUGUAUCGAAAACACAAAACGUUGGUACGAGGUGUAACUUCCCCGUAGAGGGAAUGCUAAAGGCGGGUAGACAGACGGAACUCAGUGCAGGUGACAGUGGUACUCCGAGGACAGGCAAAGACAAAGAACACAUCACUCCCAUAGUAGAAGUUCCGUCGGGUCCAAAUUCAAAUUUCUUACUGAAAUCCAUCCUGAAGAGAAGCUGAACCUGCAUCGACCUGAUAUUCUGAUCGUAAACUUACUUCAUACUUCAUACUGAUACCUGGAAGAACUCUGAAAUAAAUUGUAACAAAGGUGUACAUUGUAAACGCUUUUCCCUUGCGUCCCUACGGAGGAUAAAAGUAUAUCUAUAUAAAUAUAUAUAAAGCUCGAGAGAGCGCUGUGACAUCCGUUCUACCCGCAAUCGACGAAAUUAGUAGGAUGUGAAAGUUUGGCCGGAUCGAAAGCCCGUGCACUCCUCGCGCUGCCCGUUCACCUCCUUCUUAAGAAUACGGCUGCAAACAAUAACUUCUAUCAACUACCGUCUAUCAGCCAUAUCGUUAACGUCCAUGCUACCGUUAUCUUCAUCGUGCGUCGUCAACGUGCGCUAAACACGCCAUUACGAGUAGUUAUCGGCUGCGUUAUCGGCUUUUCCUGUAAUGUGAGGAUUGCCUACCACAAUCCGUUUGCACGGUGAUCACCGAUUUAAAGUACGGCUUUACCGCUCGAGCAAGCGCUGGAGUGUAGGAGUCCGAGCGGGAGUGCCAGAGCACGGUGAAUGCUGUUAACAAUUAGUGCUUCGUUAGUUGGCAAUUACCAAAUUGAAUUGGAAGAAGCGGAACGAUUGAGUGAAACGCAGACGAAUUGAAUAGGUGUACCUGACUGCGCAUGUCCUGGUGUCAGUUCCCGGCGCGUAAUUGAUGGGCAACGUUUGCUGCAUCAACGGCGGAGGCGGUGGGGGCGACAGCAGCUCGAAAAGAGCUGCGCCAACGUCACCCGCAACUGGAAGUUGUUGCAGAGCGACGCAAGACGUAGAAGAUCAACUGAGGGAGACGGCGCACACUUUGCUCGAGCAACAGCCACAGCCUAUGGACUAUCGAGAAGAACCCUGUGACGGAAGUCUAGGCCAUUGUCGACGCGCACUGCCUCCUACAAAACUGUUUAAGGGAACUGCCUCAUCAAAUGAUAAUCAUCCUGCCGCUGUAACGUCCAGUAGUCACAUAGCCAAAAGAUAUUCGUACAAUAUGGAUAAAAUUGCCUUAUUAUUUGAAAAGUACAAGGAGCCUGACAGUGAUAUAAUGGACGCAAACGGAAUCAGCCAAUUUUGUAAAGAUCUCGACAUCUCAGCUGAGGACUUCCGGAUUUUGGUAUUCGCAUGGAAAUGUAAAGCUGAGGUGAUGUGCCAGUUCACGAAGAGCGAAUUUAUUGAAGGGUUGUCUUCCUUAUGCGUCGAUUCCAUUCCGUCACUGGUACCGGCCCUUAACCGAGUGGUCAGCGAAUUCCAGCCAUUGAACGAUGAUGAACACUUUGCUAGUUUGUAUAAAUGGGUCUUCUCGUUCGCGCCCAGUGAAGAUACUGCAGCGAUAUGCAACGCCCAACAAGCACAGCAAGCCCAAAACAAGAACCAGCUAUCACUCGAUAUGGCCAAACAGCUGUGGAGUAUUGUGUUUCAGCAGCCCCAUAUGCCGGCUUUGGUGUACAAGUGGCUAGAAUUUUUAGAAUUGCAUUCGGAUCAAAUCGAUUUGAUUUCGCGCGAUACUUGGAACCUGUUCCUCAUUCUGCUCCGACGAUUCGCCUAUGAUCUGUCGACGUACGAUGAGUCGGAGGCGUGGCCCUCGAUAUUUGACGAUUUCGUCCACUUCCAUAACGAUCAGACAAAUCAAAACUGCGCAAAAAAUAACUCACCCUGGGACGAACAGGGAAAUGGUAACCUUAUCAGCUCCCCUUAGCUGAUACCGUUCCAGUGAAACCG